CGACUCCCCCGGUAUAAAAUGCAGCGCUGGGGGGGCGGCGACUGGUCUCUGCUGCGGAGUCCGCCGGUCCCGCCGCGCGCACCGCUCCGAGGGCCAGCGCCAACACCCUCUCCGCAGCCGGCACCAUGCGUGAGAUCGUGCACAUCCAGGCGGGCCAGUGCGGCAACCAGAUCGGCGCCAAGUUUUGGGAGGUCAUCAGUGAUGAGCAUGGGAUCGACCCCACUGGCAGUUACCAUGGAGACAGUGACUUGCAGCUGGAGAGAAUCAACGUGUACUACAAUGAAGCUGCUGGUGAGGCGGCUCUGUUCCCCACAGGUAACAAAUACGUACCUCGGGCCAUCCUGGUGGAUCUGGAGCCGGGCACCAUGGACUCCGUCAGGUCUGGACCAUUCGGCCAGAUCUUCAGGCCGGACAACUUCGUGUUUGGCCAGAGUGGCGCGGGCAACAACUGGGCGAAGGGCCACUACACAGAGGGAGCCGAACUCGUGGACUCGGUCCUGGACGUGGUGAGGAAGGAGUCAGAAAGCUGUGACUGUCUGCAGGGCUUCCAGCUGACCCACUCGCUGGGGGGCGGCACGGGGUCCGGGAUGGGCACGCUGCUCAUCAGCAAGAUCCGGGAGGAGUACCCAGACCGCAUCAUGAACACCUUCAGCGUCAUGCCCUCGCCCAAGGUGUCCGACACGGUGGUCGAGCCCUACAACGCCACCCUGUCGGUGCACCAGCUGGUGGAGAACACCGAUGAAACCUAUUCCAUCGACAACGAGGCCCUGUACGACAUCUGCUUCCGCACCCUGAAACUGACCACCCCCACGUACGGAGACCUCAACCACCUGGUGUCGGCCACCAUGAGCGGCGUCACCACCUGCCUGCGCUUCCCCGGCCAGCUGAACGCCGACCUGCGCAAGCUGGCCGUGAACAUGGUGCCCUUCCCGCGCCUGCACUUCUUCAUGCCUGGCUUCGCGCCGCUCACCAGCCGCGGCAGCCAGCAGUACCGCGCGCUCACCGUGCCCGAGCUCACGCAGCAGAUGUUCGACUCCAAGAACAUGAUGGCCGCCUGCGACCCGCGCCACGGCCGCUACCUGACCGUGGCCGCCAUCUUCCGCGGCCGCAUGUCCAUGAAGGAGGUGGACGAGCAGAUGCUCAACGUGCAGAACAAGAACAGCAGCUACUUCGUCGAGUGGAUCCCCAACAACGUCAAGACGGCCGUGUGCGACAUCCCGCCGCGCGGCCUCAAGAUGUCGGCCACCUUCAUCGGCAACAGCACGGCCAUCCAGGAGCUGUUCAAGCGCAUCUCGGAGCAGUUCACGGCCAUGUUCCGGCGCAAGGCCUUCCUCCACUGGUACACGGGCGAGGGCAUGGAUGAGAUGGAGUUCACCGAGGCCGAGAGCAACAUGAACGACCUGGUGUCCGAGUACCAGCAGUACCAGGACGCCACGGCCGACGAACAGGGGGAGUUCGAGGAGGAGGAGGGCGAGGAUGAGGCUUAAGAACUUCUCAAAUAAAUCGUGCAUCUAAAUUUAGUGAACUUCUGUUGUCCUCAAUCAAGCAUGGUCUUUCUAUUUGUAUACUAUGGUGCUCCGUUUUGCCUCUGUCAGAAAUUCACACUGUUGAUGUAAUAAUGUGAAACUCCUAAAAAAUUACAGUAUUGUCUAAGAUAUCUAUACUAAUAAAAAAGCAUGUGUCCAA